AUGCCGAUUUUCGGCGACUCUUCUCCUUAUGAUGAAAUUGUUGAGAAGGUGACCGCUGAUACUUUGACGAGUGAAAAUUGGGAAUUAAUGAUGUCAAAUAUUUGUGAUCGUGUAAAUGCUGAUGGAAUUAAGGGAUGUAAACAAGCUCUUCUUUCUGUCAAAAAGCGUCUCAAUCAUCGAGAUCCCCAUGUUGUUUUGUUUGCACUUUCUCUUUUGGAUUGUCUUUGGAGUAAUUGUGGACAGAAAUUUAGACGAGAAGUUUCUUCAAAAGAAUUUAUUGGAGAAUUGAACUACAAAUGCACAAAUAGUAACCGAGUUGUGGCCGAAAAGGCACGGAUGUUGGUCAAAAAAUGGGUUGAAAAUGAGUGUAGCAAGGACAGUUCACUUUCAAUGAUUGAAACAAUAGCUUUGUCUCUUCAAGAAAGUGGCGGUAAUAAACAACAUAAUUCAACAAAAGCAAAUAAUUCCUCUUACCCAGCACUUUCUUCUUCUGAUUUUAAUUCAAAUGUUAACUUUCCAAAUUCGUCUGGGCAUCAACCACCUCCAGCUGCCGCUAAACAAGCCCGUGCUCUUUACGAUUUUGAAGCGGCUGAGGAUAAUGAAAUUAGUUUUACUACUGGGGAGGUGAUUACUGUUUGUGAUGAUAGUGAUCAAAAUUGGUGGAGAGGUGUAAAUUGUCGAGGUGUUAAUGGACUCUUCCCAGCUAGUUUUGUAACAACAGAUUUAACUAAUAAAGAACAACCAAAUUUGCCAGUAGCAAAAGAUUCAAAUGAAAAUAUUGAAGAAUUAAAUACUUCUACGGCAACAAUGAAAGUCCAAAUUGACGAAAAUAUUUUGCUUAAAUGUAUUGAAUUAAUUGAAGAUUUGGAUCCGUCAUUAGAUGCUUCUUCUGACCCUCCUGAACUUGCUCUUCUUGAAAAUAAAGCGAUGGCUCAGGCACCUUUAAUUGACCAAAAACUUAUGAAAAUAGAUAAGCAAUUAAAUUCUUUGGCAGCAGUUGAUUUGGCUAUUCGAGAUGUUUUGGGUGCAUAUGAUAAUGCUGUUCAGCAAGUUGUUGGGGGGACUUCUUCUUCCUCCUCAACAAUUCCAAAUAAUAUUCAACAGCCAAUAAUUACUUCAAAUCAAUUAAUUAAUCAACAACAAAUUCAAAUGUUGCCAACUUCAGCAUCAAUUCCUGUUGUUAGUCAACAUCACCAACAACAGCAACAAAUAUCUCAACAUUGGCAGCAAAUGUGA